GCCUGCUACAAAUACAGAAAUCUAGAUGGAAUUUCAAAGAUAAGAGAUGGUUUUCUCAGGUUUUGGAAGUAAUAGAGUACUUGGUCACUAACUCCUCACCUGAAGGACGGUCGUAUGCUUAAACUUGGAAAGCUCUACAUUGAGGUUCUUCAGCUCUCUUAAUUCCCAGAUUCUCUUUCCCAGAAGAAAUGGACCCUGAUUGUGAGAGGCAUCCAAGUCAAUAAUGUGACAACGAUAACAUUGAAAGUCUGCUGGAGAAGAAUCGCUAAUUCUUAUAAGAAGUGUUUUGGUUUUUUUUUUUUUCAUCCCUUAUAAAACAGACCAGACCACCUCAAAAUCUGCAAACAAAAUGCCAGCUAAGACACCCAUCUACCUGAAAGCUGCCAAUAAUAAGAAAGGGAAGAAAUUCAAAUUAAGGGAUAUUUUGUCUCCUGAUAUGAUCAGUCCACCACUUGGUGACUUUCGCCACACCAUACACAUUGGGAAAGAGGGACAACAUGAUGUUUUUGGGGACAUCUCAUUUCUGCAAGGAAAUUAUGAGCUGUUGCCUGGGAAUGAGGGAACACCAAGAGUUGGUCAGUUUGGUGGACAUAAUGAGUUCUUAAGGGCAAACAGCACCUGUGACUCCAUGUUUACAGAAACUCCUUCACCCGUGCUCAAAAAUGCCAUCUCGCUUCCUGCCAUUGGUGGUUCUCAAGCCCUUGUGUUGCCCUUAUUGUCACCAGUGACAUUUAAUUCAAAGCGGGACUCCUUUGGGCCAUCAAAGAAUGCAAGGCUUAGUUGUGAGCCCGUAAUGGAAGAAAAAUUGCAGGAGAAAAGCAAACAGUUGGAGAAUGGGGAAAUGUACAAAGAUGACAUCCUAUGGGAGCCGAAUGGUUCUGGGUCGCAUUAUAUUAAUGGCAGAGAGAGUCAUUCAUCCAGCCUUUCUGAACAAUGCACUGAUUGGCAAACAGUUGACUUACUUGAUGACAGUCAUCUCUCAUGUGAACUAACCAAGGCAGAGACUAAGUCAGAAGAAUCCCUUUCAGAUCUUGCAGGCUCGCUUCUUUCAUUGCAGCUUGACCUGGGACCCUCACUUCUGGAUGAGGUCCUCAAUGUAAUGGACAAAAAUAAAUCCUAGGACUGUUGUACUUUUUUGCCUCUUUGUAAAUGAUACAUUAAAAAAAAACCUGAAGAAUAUAUAUAUUAAAAGAGCAGCUGUAUUUGCAGUUGUUUGGGUUUUCUAAAAAUCUUUAAAAAUAUUUUUUUAUGUUUUUCAUGGGGUUUUUUUUUUUUAGUAUGGUAAACAUCUCGUAGCAAGAGGAUACAUUUUAAUAAAAGUUUUCAGCAACCAUACAAAUGUCUUUCAAAUACCAGUAUUAGUUAUCAAAAAAUUAAGAAAUGUUGUUUGGGGAUAAUAAUACUACUUGUGACCAUUAGCUUAACUGACCUUCAGUGGCUUUUGAGUAAUCAAUCUGUAAGCAUCAGACUAGAGACUUAUGAGGUGAAGAAUAAAUAUUAAUUAUUUCAACAUUGCUUUACAUCUAAGAUUCUUUCUAGAAUCUUAAAUUGUUUAAAUUAGUACUAUUUCUUUUAGCUGCACUGUAGCUAGUUUUUCAGUGUUGAACAAUUGUUCUGUGUUCAAAUAUGAACAACUUGGGGUUAUUCAAUUUAAAUAUGGGUCAGAGCCUCAGGUGCUAAGGAUCUGGCCCUAUAUCUAUAGAUCAGAUCAUAGACCAUACGUUGUAAACACAGGUAACAUAAGCAAAAUAUUACUGUAUUUAAAUUAUUUUAAAAGUUAAAAUAUAUAUUUUUGUGCUUAUUUAGCUUUUUUUUUUUUUUUUUUUUUUUACUGCAGAGUCUACAUUUACAGAUAGAGUAUCAUCAAAGUAGUUGCUUGACUUCAUUGGCGGUCCUCUGUAAACUGCAUUUUUGAGUGUUUGAAAAAAUAUGUAUUGAUAACUUAGCUUUUUCCUUCAUUUACUACCAGAAAUGCUUAAACUUGCAGCUGAUUGUCACCUUUUAAAGAAGGCACUGAUUACUCACCGUGUGUAAAGAGACUGUGCUGCAAUGUGAUGUUUUGGGAAAUGUGGAUCCUUAACUACACUACAUACAUAAAUUGCAUAGAUACUCUGAGCAAUACAAUAAAGAAUAAAUGUUUGAA